AUGCAGCUUAUGACCCUUCUUUCGUGCGCUUUGCGCAUAUGGUCUACUACCUGGUGCCAACGACCAGACCUUCUCCAGUUAGAGAGCGCAAAAGAAUCGUCGGUGGCCCGGCAGCCUGUCCGCUUCGAAUUACAUAUCACCUCUGGGAAGGUGGACGUCGUCGGCGCGGGCACCAGAGAUGCCAUUCUUGUCAAUGGGACGUUCGUGGGUCCCAUGCUUCGGCUUGAACAAGGCGAUGAAGUCGAGUUCCUGGUUCGGAACUACCUCCGUGAAGACACAACGAUGCACUUUCAUGGGAUAGAGCAACGGACGACACCCUGGAGUGACGGCGUUCCGGGACUUACACAACGCCCGAUCCACCCUGGUGCCUCUUAUCUCUACCGAUGGAUCGCAGAGGAAGCCGGGACCUUCUUCUACCACGCCCACUCUAAGGGUCAGCUGAUGGAUGGUCUCUAUGGCGCAAUCAUCAUACAUGCUUCUUCUGAAGCCGAAAGACCAUUUCAUCUCAUCAGCCGCGAUGCAUCCGAGGAACAAGCUAUGCGCACGGCUGAGUUGAGAAAUCAGCCACUGCUCCUAGCCGACUGGAGCCAGUACAAGUUUGACGACUUUUACCACAUAGAGACAACGGCAAACUUCGACUUGGCUUGCACGGAUGCCAUAAUUGUCAAUGGCGUGGGUUCACAGUACUGCCUGGACCCCGUCACGUUGGAUAACAUGACGAAUCCCAUCAUCCUCAAGAUGUUGAAAGACCUUGGAGAGGAUCAUAUGACGGAAAAGGGCUGCGUGCCACCAAUUCAGGCGCUGCAGGGAGACUACGAUGUGGAUGUUGGGAAGCUUCCACCACAGGCUGUGAGAGAAUGCAUUGGAGGAAGAAACCCGGAAGGCAACUUUACUUUCAGUGUUGAUGAGAAGCUGGGCUGGGCGGCGCUGACCUUCGUCAAUGUCGGAGGUCUCUACCCAUUGCAAGUUUCCAUUGACAACCACGAGCUUCACGUCUAUGCCGUUGACGGGCAGUAUAUUCACCCUGUGGUUACUGAUCGCGUGUACGUCGGCAACGGAAAUCGAGUGUCAGUGCUAGUAAAGCUCGACCAGGAGCCUGCGCGGUACACUAUCCGUAUGGCCAAUGACCUUCUCAACCAGAUCCUGGGGGGCUUCGCCGAGAUGGCGUAUGGCGACGCUGCUCACCCACCGCGACACCAAAAGCCAAAGAUGAAUUACGCAGGCCAGCCGCUCAUCGACCCACUCCGUUCAUUUAAGCCAGAAGACGGUCGGCCAUAUCCUGAACGGCGACCGGCUAGACGACCGGACCGGACAGUCAAGCUGGUCUUGAGAAAGCCUGGCCGCCCUCACGGUGCGUAUGAGUGGAGUCUGUCUGGCCAUGAGCUGUACAACAUGACUGCCGAGGAGCUGGACCCGCCAAUGCUCUUCCGGGGACCUACCAAAGCACCCGAUAGUGAGCUGGUGGUCUUCUCGGAAGUUGGUGGUUGGGUAGACAUGAUCUUGGAGACCGAAGGCCCUUUUGCUCAAAGUCAUCCGAUUCACAAGCAUGGGAACAAGGUAUAUUUUCUUGGUUCUGGGAUCGGGAAGUUCCCCUGGAGGAGUGUGGAAGAAGCUGAGCGAAGCCUUCCGGUGGGGUCAUUCAACUUCGAAAACCCGGCUCAUCUGGAUACAUUCACCACACCAGACAUUGCCGGUAAUGCACCUGCUGUCUGGACCGUCGUAAGAUACCAGGUUGAAAAUCCGGGUGCUUGGCUUCUGCACUGCCAUGUGCAGACCCAUCAGGCUGGAGGAAUGGGUAUUGUAUUGAUGGACGGCAUUGACCAGUUUCCGGAGGUACCGCUGGAAUACCGCGAAUGGAACGGGUUCGCUCUGCCCUUUUAG